CGGGGAGCUCUGGGGCCAGAUAAGCUGGCAAGCUGGCACGGCGCCGCGCAGCGGGGCGGAGAGGUCAGAGGAGGGGGGCGCGCCGGGGGCGGGCUGGACCCCCCCCCAACUUGACAAAACCUAAUAACAGCCCGGUCUCCCCGGCGCGGCGGGCGAAGCCCCACGGGAGGGCAGAGACGUGGCAAGAGGGGACCUGCCGAGCCUGUUCUGGCCUCCGAGGCCGGGGUGGGGGGGGCGGGCUGGGCGUGGGGGGGGGCCGGCGGCUGCGGCACCUUUAAGACAAGGGAGGACCCCUCUUGCCCUCGGAGAAACCAGGAAGGGAGUCGCGAGCAUCAUACGGGGCUUUGGCUGUACUGUACAGUUACUGUAGGGCAGUGACGCCGCCGCCGCCGCCGGAGCGAGGGAGCGACGAGGGGAGAGCGCGAGAGGCGAGAGCCGGAGACGCCGACCCCGGAGGCGAGCGGCCGAGGAGCCCAGUCGCAACUCCGGGCCCCGGCCCCUCGCGCCCCGGCCCGGCCCGGCCCCGGCCCGGCCGCGCGAGGUCUCGGCGCGGAAGAUGGCCGGCGGCGUGGACGGCCCCAUCGGGAUCCCGUUCCCUGACCACAGCAGCGACAUCCUGAGCGGGCUCAACGAGCAGCGGACGCAGGGCCUGCUGUGCGACGUGGUGAUCCUCGUGGAGGGCCGCGAGUUCCCCACGCACCGCUCCGUGCUGGCGGCCUGCAGCCAGUACUUCAAGAAGCUGUUCACGUCGGGCGCCGUGGUGGACCAGCAGAACGUGUACGAGAUCGACUUCGUCAGCGCCGAGGCGCUCACGGCCCUCAUGGACUUCGCCUACACGGCCACGCUCACCGUCAGCACGGCCAACGUGGGCGACAUCCUGAGCGCCGCCCGCCUGCUCGAGAUCCCCGCCGUGAGCCACGUGUGCGCCGACCUCCUCGACCGGCAGAUCCUGGCGGCCGACGCGGGCGCCGACGCCGGGCAGCUGGACCUCGUGGAUCAGACCGACCAGCGGAACCUGCUCCGGGCCAAGGAGUACCUCGAGUUCUUCCAGAGCAACCCCAUGAACAGCCUGCCCCCCGCCGCCGCCGCCGCCGCCGCCUUCCCCUGGUCCGCCUUCGGCGCGUCCGACGACGACCUGGACGCCACCAAGGAGGCCGUGGCCGCGGCCGUGGCUGCCGUGGCCGCCGGUGACUGCAACGGCUUGGACUUCUACGGGCCGGGACCGCCGGCCGAUCGGCCCUCGGCCGGGGACGGGGACGAGGGCGACAGCAACCCGGGUCUGUGGCCGGAGCGGGACGAGGACGCCCCUGCCGGGGGCCUCUUCCCGCCCCCCGUGGCCCCGCCGGCCGCCGCCACGCAGAACGGCCACUAUGGCCGGGCCGGGGAGGAGGAGGCGGCCUCGCUGUCCGAGGCGGCCCCUGAGCCGGGCGACUCUCCGGGCUUCCUGUCGGGCGCGGCCGAGGACGGGGACGGGGACGGGCCCGAUGCGGACGGGCUGGCGGCCAGCACGCUGCUGCAGCAGAUGAUGUCGUCCGUGGGCCGGGCGGGGGCGGCGGCGGCGGGGGACAGCGACGAGGAGUCGCGGGCGGACGACAAGGGCGUCGUGGACUACUACCUGAAGUAUUUCAGCGGCGCCCACGACGGGGAUGUGUACCCAGCCUGGUCGCAGAAGGUGGAAAAGAAGAUCCGGGCCAAGGCUUUCCAGAAGUGCCCCAUCUGCGAGAAGGUCAUCCAGGGCGCCGGCAAGCUGCCGCGGCACAUCCGGACCCACACCGGGGAGAAGCCGUACGAGUGCAACAUCUGCAAGGUCCGCUUCACCAGGCAGGACAAGCUGAAAGUGCACAUGAGGAAGCACACGGGCGAGAAGCCGUACCUGUGCCAGCAGUGCGGGGCGGCCUUCGCGCACAACUAUGACCUGAAGAACCACAUGCGCGUGCACACCGGCCUGCGCCCCUACCAGUGCGACAGCUGCUGCAAGACCUUCGUCCGCUCCGACCACCUGCACAGACACCUCAAGAAGGACGGCUGCAACGGCGUCCCCUCGCGCCGCGGCCGCAAGCCCCGCGUGCGGGGCGGGGGGCUCGGGGGGCCCGACCCGUCCCCCUCCCCGGGCGCCGCCGCCCCGCCCGGCGCCCCGGCCCCACCCGGCUCCCCCGACGCCCCGCGCAACGGCCGGGAGAAGCACUUUAAGGACGAGGAGGAGGACGAGGAGGAGGCCCCCGACGGCCUGAGCAGGGUGAAUGUAGCGGGCGCCGGCGGAGGGGGGGGCGAUGGGGGCGCCGGGGCCCCCGCCGAGGGCAGCUUCGCGGCCGGACUUGCCUGAAAACCAAAAAGAGAAAACAGAAACCCGAGAGAGAGAGAGAGAGAGACAGAGAGAGAGAGAGAGAGAGAGAGAGAGAGAAUCACCCACCACCCCCCCAAAAACACAAAAAAAGAAAAUCUAUCUAUAUACAGAUAUCUAUAUCUAUAUAUAUAUAUACAGAUAUAUAUAUAUGAAGCGUCACAGAAUCUAGGGUAGUGCUUUUCUCAGAGUUUUCUCCUUCAUGAUGUUCUCUCCCUCCACGGGGACCCUCGCCCCCGCUCCGGCUCCCCGUCCCCCCACCCCGUCGAUGGCUUUCGGGGCUCGGUUUGGGGUUUUUGUGGGACACAGGGAUUCGGACGCCCCCACCCCCUGGGACACCCCUGGCGCAGCGUCCGGGGUCCCCUCUGAGGCCUGGUCAGGGCCCCGGACCCCAGGUGGGGGUGAGGGUGGCCGCGGGGGGCGCUGGGGAGUGGGGCGGGCUUUUGUUUUCAUCCCCUCGCUGGUUUCUACGAGUCUUUCAGACAGGACCUUAAAUGAUCUCUGUCCACUGUGAGUGGACGUUAAAAUGCACCCCGUCCCCACCCCCACCCUCCUUCCUCAGGGCACUUACUAAGUGGGGGUCCCCCCCCCACCGAUCUCCCCGACGGCCUCCCUGCCUCCCGUUCCUGCCUGUGGUCCUCUGUGUCUCCUGGCCGCUGUGACACAAAUUUAUUUAUUUCCAGGCCUGGAGAGAGGGGAGCUGGGGCGGGGGGUCGCCACAGCGGCUCCCGGGGGCUCCCGCCGCCUCCCUUCACGGCACUUACACCCCGGCGGGCCCCCCACCCCGACCCCACCCCGGACCGCCGCUCAGGGCGCCCCGCCACCCCGGCCGCGCUCCCCGACCCAGGCCGCCCAGACCCCACGAGAUGUUUGGAGAUUCAAAACUGUUUUGUCUUCACUGCCCGCCCACCCCCAGCCCUCUCCCGAGUUUUUAAAGCACUUUUUAGAUUUUUUUUCUCCUUAAAAAAAAAAAAACAAACAAAAUUUAUAUAUAGAUAUAUAUAGAUAUAUAUAUAUAAACUAUACUUUCCUCAGAGGAGCAGGCGACAGUGUGGGGUGGACGAGCCCAGAGCAGAGGGAGCCCAGGGUCUCACGGUGGCAGGGAGGAGGGGAGAGAGUCCAGAAGUUCCAGUGUCACAAAAGCAAUAAAAACAAGAUUUUACAAAACGAAAGGAAAAAACAAAAAAAACAAAAAACAAACAAAAAAAAAAGGAAAAAAAAAAAAGACAACCAACCACAAAUAGAAGUCUUGGCACUUUGUAACAGAACGGGUACUACACUUUAUCUUAAUUCUUAAUUUAAAAACAUGUUUACAAGUUGCAACCAACUUCUAUGAAAAGUCGAAAAGACAAAAAAAAAAAUAAAAAUAAGAGAGAGAGCGAGCGAGAGAGAGCGAGCGAGCGAGAGAGCAAACAAAUUCCUAAAAGUCAAUUUAUUUUUGUACAAAAUAAUAAAAAAAAAAACCCACCACAGACGCAGAAUCCACUUCUGUUCCCCGAGGUGAGGCGGGGUCAGGAAGGCACGGGCCGAGGUCCCCGGGCUCCUCUCGGGGCUUCGCCGCGGGGGGCUUGCCUUGCAGGCAGGACCGCGGGGUUUUUGUGUUUCUGCCGUGUCCCCCCCACCCCCACCCCACCCCCACCCCCACCCCGUCCCCUUUUUGGUUCUGAUUCGGAGAAGUCUCAUCACCCGCCAGCCAUACGAUGGCCGCCCGUGUCCGCGGGGACCCUCCUUACUGACUCCCCAGCUCAGGGACGGACCGAGAGAGGGCUGGCCUUCCGACCAGCCGGAGCAACCCCCCCACUUUGGGGCUCCCCCCCAGCAUGGCUGCCCCCCCCCCCCGCCGCCGCCGUGGCCGCCAAGGAGCCGCCAUCUAGGACAUGCCAUCCCCGUCGAGGUGGGUGACGGGGCCCCACCUCCAGGGCCUUACAUCCCCCAGGCACCCCUCUUUUUAUUCAAGGCACUGACUGUAAUCUGGGGGCCGGCACCCGCCUCCCCCCAGCCUCUGGCCCCCCAAAAGGCCCGGUAUCGACCGAGCCACAGGCCACGGACGGGGGCCAGGGCUGGGGCGACCGUGUUGCCAGAGGCCAGGGCACCCUCACCCCGAUGCCCUCUCGCAUAUGCAAUGCCUAGCGUGGGACCCUGUAAAUAGACGCUCUGCCAAGCCGAGACCCUCCCCCAUCAAAGCCCAAGGUGAGGGGUGCCCCUGCCCCCCCUCCAGCUGCUGGUCCAUCUCCCCGCACCCCUUGGCUCUGUGACAGACCCCGUCUUCUCGUCUUUUCUUUCUUUCUUUUUUUCUUUCUUUUUUUUUAAAGGGAAGCUUUUUAAGAAGGCAACUUUCAUCAUUGUUUCUACAGGAUAGUUUUCGUGCCCCACCCCACCCCCCGGGCCCAUCAGCCCCCCAAAUGUCUCAGGACCCCCCCUCCUGAGGGGGGUGGCAGGGGAGCCCAGGGCCGGGUGGCCUCGCUCUUUCGGAGAACCAUCUGUGGAGGCCAAGCAGGGAGCUCAAGCGCCCAGGCCAGGGACCCCCGCCCCCACCCCGGCCAAGAGGUUCCCUGAGGGCGCGGCCCUCUCCCCCUGCCCUACCCCAUACACCCCCCUCGCAAUAAAACCAACUGAAAAAUCACAGCUGUCGUCCUGGCCAGUGGGGGCGACUGGAUUGGGGGAUCGAGGCCUCUGGGACUAUGGCGGGGGAAGGGCUGAACCCCCCCGCCGAGCACACUUUUAACACAGACUUCCUCGGGAAUUGCACUAAACCCCUGCCCCUAGCUCUGAGCUCAGCUUCUGACAGCCCUGCCCACCCACUCCGCCUUAACCCCUCUCCUGCUGCCCGCCAGCCCGUCCUAGGGGCCGCAGCGUCUGCAUGGGCCCAGCGCCGGGACCCCAGCCCCCCAACUCUGCGCAAUCACAUACUGUAUAUAGACGUGGAUCGAUUUUAUUUUUAUUCUUUAAAUUAAGGUCGUGAUAAAGUGUUGCCAAAGAUACUGCUGAAUUCUCGCGUUUCAGGAAACAAACAAACAAAAAAAAAUAUUUGAGGGGGAACGUGCUGACUGGUCAGAAAGGACACAGCAAAACGUUUUUUUGUUUGGUUGUUUGGGGUUUUUUUGUGUUUUCUUUUUUUGGGGUGUUUUUUUUUUUUUUUAAACUGCCUGGUACAAAAAAAAAAAAAAAAGAAAAGAAAAACAAA